UGCCACACACGACCAUGGCCGACAUCACAUACCCGGCUGGUUGCCGGCCCAUCAACGAGGAGCUCGGUCAGGACGAGUUGAUCCGGCGCCUUAAAACGCUCACGCACACGCUGCAGGCGAUGGGCCAGGACGAGGGCAUGUACACGCACUACAUUCCGCUUGCCGUUCACCUGGCGGACGAAUUCUUUCUCCAGCACCCAUCGCGCGACGUGCAGCUCCUGAUAGCGUGCUGUAUCGCCGACGUGCUGCGGGUGUACGCCCCGGAAGCACCGUACAAGGAUCAGGACCAGAUCAAGGGCAUCUUUAUGUUUCUGAUCCGCCAGCUGAGCGGGUUGCGCGACCCGAAGGAUCCCGCCUUCAAGCGGUACUUCUAUCUACUGGAGAAUUUGGCCUACGUCAAGUCGUUCAACAUGUGCUUCGAACUCGAGGACUGCCAGGAGGUGUUCUGCACGCUGUUUAGUCUAAUGUUCAAGAUUGUCAACGACGAGCACAGCCCGAAAGUGAAAUCGUUUAUGCAGGACGUCCUGGCGCCCCUGAUCACCGAGUCCGACUCGGUGUCGUACGAUCUGCUCGAUCUGCUGUACAUCAACAUCGUCGAACCGUUCAAGACGCAAAAGCGGAACGCGUACGAACUCGCCAAGGAACUGAUCGUCAAGACGUCCGACACGCUCGAAGUGUACACGCAGGCCUUCUUCAACCAAAUUCUCAUCCUGGACAAGUACGAGAAAAACUACCAGAUUAUGCCGAAAAUUUAUGACGUCAUCUACGAGCUCAACGUGAUCGCUCCGGGCAUCCUGCUGUCGGUGCUGCCUCAGCUUGAGUGUAAACUGAAAUCGUCCCAAGAAUCGGAACGCCUGCGAGCGGUCUCGAUGCUUGCGCGGAUGUUCUCCGAACGCGGCUCGACGCUGGCCAAGCAGUACGGUCCACUGUGGCGCCAGUUUCUAGGCCGGUUCUACGAUAUAGCCGUGCUGAUCCGGAUCAAGUGUGUCCAGAGCACGAUGCACUUUCUGCUCAACCAUGCGCACCUGCGCAAGGACAUCAUCGACAUACUGCGCAACCGGCAGCACGAUUCGGACGAGACCGUGCGCUACGAGGUGGUCAUGGCGAUCGUCGAGACGGCCAAGCGUGACUUUCAGAUCGUGUCGGAGUCGGAGGAUCUGCUCGAGUUCGUUAAGGAGCGUACGCUGGACAAAAAGUACAAGAUCCGCAAGGAAGCCAUGAACGGACUGGCACUGAUCUACAAGAAGUACCUCAGCGAUACGAACGUGCCGGAGGCGACGAAGAAGGCAGUCAACUGGAUCAAAGACAAGAUCCUGCACGGCUAUUACAUGACCGGGAUCGAGGAUCGGCUGCUAGUGGAGCGGCUGCUCAUUACCUGCCUCGUACCGUACCAGCUGCCGGCGGAAGUGCGCAUGAAGAAGCUCUACCAGCUGCUCGGUACGAUCGACGAUAAUGCCACGAAAGCGUUCAUCGAGCUGCAGAAAAAUCAGCUCAAAGUACGGCGUAGUGUCGCGGACUGGAUCAAGCUGCACCGUAUCAAGGAGAUAGGGACCGCACUGCAGAAAGAGAUGAACGUCAAAUGUUCAAACAUCGCCAAGCAGCUUCCCGAUCCGGUGAAGGCGCAAGAGUUUCUGCUCAAAUUUUCGGCCCAAAUGCGCAAAGAUCCGAAGCUACUCGCCGAAAUGGAGACGAUUCUGAAGCGGGACGUGUCGUGCAAGGAGUGCGCCGAUACGAUGGCGAUCGUGCUGAAGAAGCUCGGCCAACCGAUCCUCACCAACACGUACUACAACACGGUCAAGAUGCUGCUAGAGCGCAUCGCCUCGGUAAUGGUAGACAAGCAGUCAAUCGGUGUGCUGAUCACGUUGAUCCAGGCUUGCAUGAACGGUGGAACGGAGGUCAUCGAAGAGGUCACCCUACCGACGGAUUCUGCCGGAGAGCGGGGCCUCAAGCUGCUCACCGUGCUGGCUUACGUCUUUUCGGCGCACUUUCAGCACGAAGAAAUCCUUCGCCACAUGAUCGGGCUGUUGAGUUUCGACGAACCGUACGUUGCCCCGUACAUACUGAAGGCCUUCACGUACCUCGGACGCUACAAACCCCUGAUCGAUUCUCAUCCAGCCGUGCUGCGCGAGCUGGGUCCACUCUGCCGCGAGUUUGCGAUCGUCGGAACGCCCAAGCAAGCGAAACACGCCAUUCGCUGUAUGUUUGUCAACACACAAUCAUCAACCGCUGGUGGCUUGGCGGCGGCAAUUUCCAGUGACGGUGGUGCUGCAGGUGGCUCGGGGCCAGGUGGUUCCGAUCCUUCAGCGAUCGACAUUUUUCCCGAGAUCGUCGAAAGCCUGAAGGUAACACUGCACCCGCAAAGUGAGCACUACCGGACGGCAAUCGUGACGCUCGGUCACAUUGCGUACAAUUUGCCGGAAAAAUUCCACGUCCAGAUAAAGAACAUUAUUUCGCGCAAGAUCGUGAAGGAACUGCUGGUGAAGGAGACAGCCGACGGUCGGGUCGGGGUACCGGCGAAGGAGUGGUGCGACGAAGAGGAGCUGCCCGAAGAAACGCGCUGCAAGGUGGAGGGCCUAAAGACCAUGGCCCGGUGGUUGCUGGGGCUGAAGAAGGACGUGCUGUCGGCGCAGAAAACGUUCCGCAUGCUGAAUGCGUUCAUCAGCAAGAAGGGUGAUCUGCUGGAGCAGGGUGGAGCCCUGUCGGCAGCGGAAAAGUCCUGGCUUCGGCUGAGCGCCGGUAAAGCGAUGCUUAAAAUCUGCGAACAGAAGGGCGUCGGUGAUCAGUUCAUUGCCGAUCAGUUUUACAAUCUAUCGCAGCUUAUGACUGAUACGGUACCGGAAGUACGCGACACUUUCGUAAAGAAGCUGCACAAAGGUCUCAACAAGGGCGUCCCGCACAAGUGCCUGCCGCUUGAUUUCAUGGGCUAUUACGCUCUCGGUGGUCGGGAAACGGAUCGGAGUUUGCUGCAACAAAUAAAAUCAAACAUCGAAACGGACGUAAACCGACGGCGCGAAUACGUGAAAACGUUCGCCACAGUGGAACGAGCCAUGAGCCAACUGCCGCACAUCCUGCCCGAUUACAUGCUGGUGUUUGCAGUAACCGUUCUGACGCACGACCCACAAUUUACGCGCCCUUCCGACCCGGCUCAGCUACGUCAGAUCGAACGCUGUCUGUGGCUCGUCCUUGAGCCACUGGUCACCAACAAGGAAUUCUUCUGCCUUGGCUUCUACAAAAACCUGAUCGAGCGUAUGAAACACCACAAGGACGCCAUGAAGCCGGAUGAUGAAGAAACGAAUCAUAAACUCUGGGCCAUUUGUGAUAUAGCGACAGGGCUUAUACUCACCCGGCUCACUUCGUACGAUAUGCGCGAGUUCCCGGUGGAAGCUCGCAUUCCUUCGAUGUACUUUCAGCCACAGGCGGAAGACUUUCAAAACACACGCCAGUACAUUCCAGAUGACAUGUAUUGCCUGACAAACGACAUCGGCAGUAUGUCUGUGGUGUUUGUCGGCUCAUCAAAGUCCAAAACCUCACCCACUAUCUCUGGAGUUUCGCUUCCCGGAAGCACGACGCUGAACGACCGCAAGCAGCUUCUAGCGAAAAAUACUCGUAUCCCGCAACUGCAAAACGACGGCAGCGACGCUAACAAUGACGGGGAAGACAAGAACGGUACCACGAGUAGACGUUCGCGCAGUGGUACCGGAACACGUCCUGCUGCAACGGAUGCGGACGACGAUGAAGGCGAUGAAGAGCAAUCGGGCCACCGUGAAGAGGACGAUGAGGAUGACGACGAAGAAGAGGCAGUGGCGGGACCCCCACCGGCAAAGCGAGCGCACAAAACGGCCGACGAUAGUGCCUAAGAUGGGUGCACUCAUGCGGAGCACCAAACUACUGUAUGCUCAUGAACGUAAAAUACGGGACACGGCGGACACAUAUUAUAUUGUGUUCGGCAUUCGGCGAUCUUUUCCUUUUCUAAGUUAUUUGCAUAUUAUAUCACGAAUGAGAUGAGCUAGACGGAAAGAAGUUGCUUUAAGUCGCCAGCAUUUCUCCACACCGGGGAUUCAGAAGAAAGCAUGGGGCGAUACCGUGCAGCAACUCGACGACAUUAGCGUUUCGAUAGGUAGUAGCGUGUUUUAACAUAUAGGACGGCUUGAGUGGAACGUAUCAGUUAUAAGGAGUACUACGUGGAGGCAUAGUAAGAGCUUCAUUAUGAAAACAGUAAACACAGAGAGCGCAGCGUUAUGCUGUUCCGUGUUCCGUUCCGUGCUUUGUGAGUCCAUCGUACUGCAGAACUGCUACGGAGGUGUACGCGCGAUUAGUAUUUGUAUCGAGCACCUCCAUUCCGGGUGUCCGGCUUUUGAGUGGGCCCGACGCCGGAACCGCUCAGCCGUGGAACAUGUACAGUUUAGAAGAGACCGGAACAUUCUCGAUGAGAAAGUAGCGUGACUGAAGAUAAGUUACGAAAAUCAAAGCUAAGAAAUCGUGAAGAAUCUACUACAACAUAAACCUUACCCCACACAUAAGCACUUUCUGUCUUCGAUU